GCCCGCCGCUCGACGUGCUCCGCGCUCUCGCGGGGCCCGCUCGGCGCUCGGCCCGCCGCCCUGCGUACGGCGCGCGUCGCAGUCCGGGGCUCGCCAACAUGUCGACCGCCAUGAAUUUUGGGUCCAAGAGCUUCCAGCCGCGGCCCCCGGACAAGGGCAGCUUCCCGCUGGAUCACUUCGGUGAAUGUAAAAGCUUCAAAGAGAAAUUCAUGAAGUGUCUCCGCGACAAUAAGUUUGAAAACGCUUUGUGCAGACAGGAAUCAAAAGCCUAUUUAGAAUGCAGAAUGGAGAGGCAAGUACCUGCUACCAUCUGUGACUUCUCGAACCUUCCUCGGCUCCCCAGAAGCGUUUCUUUCCCCAAGAGCUCGUUGCAGCAUGGCUCAUUGAGACUUCUGUCUUUCACGGCUGUGCAACUGCUUGCCCCUAGAAUUGAGGCCUGCCAGAUUAAAUGGUACUAGAAGUUGUGUGGCAAUCACAGCGACCUUUCCGUGAGCGACAGCGUCCUACACGACUACAUUCCUCAGAGUAUUUUCUUUCCAAAUUUGGGAGUUGUCAUUAAGGUUUCAGAACCGUACAUCAUGACAAUGCUGACUGAGCCAAAAGAUUUGAAGGUUGUGGGUACACGGUUUCUUUCUUUCACGUUCUCAGACCGUAAAAAUGUUGUUUUGUUUCAUGUAGACUCAGCUGUGCUUCAAAUGUGACGGGGAGACAAUAGGCUAUUUUAGAAAUGAUGAAAGACAAAGGAUUUGUUCUGUCUUGACCAGAAUUUACCAGAGUUCACUUUUAAAUAAAACAAAUGUUCCUAACUAUGAUCCGUUGAGAUUUUGCUUAAGAACUGU